CCUACAGGUGUCAAGAGCGCCCUUUAGAUAAAGACUUUCCUUGAUUCGUGAGAUUCAAGCUGUCCCUCUCUCCUCACACUAGUUUUCACUCGUGGUACGGCAGACAAGGUCAGCAUCUGCAGUCGACCUCACAAAGGAAAUCGCAAAGUGAAAUCCUUUUUCCAUCCGGCCUGUCCAUAAACCCGAGGCAAAGCAUGAACUCCACGCCGCAGAAGUCCCCCGGCAUCACCUUCUUCCUGCUGACUCUGGCCGUCGCGGCGGCAGCUCAGCAGAGACACCAGUCAGCGUUCCACAGCCAACCGGGGGCGAGUUUCGGCGAAGUGUCCGAGGGCGACUCAGCCUUCCGGUCUCUCAAGGACGACCUGUCCCGAAUCACCUCCAUCGACGAGAACCUUGGUAACCUCAACGAGCGCCUCAACGAGCUCAUCAAAGCCCAGGUGGACCGAGCCAAGUCGCAGCAGCCAGCGAGUCAGCGAGGAGGAGGAGCGGAGUGCCCGACACCCUUCGUGAGCGUGAUGGGCGAGUGUUUCUCCCUGAGCAAGACGCGGCUUCCCUGGCACCACGCCCGCCACUACUGUCUCGGGAUGGGCGGCGACCUGGCGACGCCCUCCUUCCUCUAUGCCCUCAAGACCUACAUUCUCGAGCGCGAAGGCGACGCUGACGUGUGGGUGGGCGGGACGGACGAGGGCUCGGAGGGGCACUGGGCGUGGAUCAACAGCAACGAGGACGGCACCAACACGACCAUCCCGCCCCACCACUGGGCGCCCGACCAGCCCGACAACGGCGAGGGAGACGGAGAACACUGCCUCAUCAUGCAGAAGCACAUCCACCCGCCGCUCGCCGACAGUUCGUGCGAGCGAUACCUCUCCUUCGUCUGCCAGUACCAUGGCUAGAGGCUGGGUCUGUUUGAGGAACACUUGCUCGUGGCCCGUGGAGCAAGCGGGCGCUGGCGGUGGAAUUCAUGUUCAAUAUUUUUUUUUUUUUUUUUUUUGACAUUAUUUCUGAGAUAAUGAUCAUAUUCUGUUUUUAUAUAGGCUAAUCAUUUUGUCAAUGUAACUGUCUACACGGGCAGUUUUGUGUUAUUAAAAUAUUUUCUUUUCGAAUAAA